CGUCUGGAUGGUUCUGGGCGUGUUACGUGGCGAGCUGUGUGUUAAUUUAGUAGUUGUUUAACUUAUCCUUCCAAGCAAGGACAUAAGUGUCCUAGAUAUCACACGGAAAGAGCUUUUCAGCGAAGGACGUGCUGACUGGUGUUGGGAAAGUGUGAAGAUAAUCACGCUCGCGGGAUCGCGGGAGAGCAUUAAUUUCGACAGAAAUAUCCGAGCUUUGAUUUGCACAAGAACUUUCGAUCACGCCUUGUCCACAAACGCAGAAUUUGAUUUGGAAGAUGGCGGACACCGCUUCACCAACAGCCCCAGCGGCACGGAAGCCAGCCUACAAGCGAAUUUUGCACAAUUUGAGGCAUAUUUCGGGCGACGAGAGCAAAGAAUUGCUGCUUUAUUUGGUCCUGACGAUGUCGCUGUGGCUGGUCGGCCAUUUUCACUUUAGUUUCGCUUGGAUAAUCAUGAUCCUGAUGGUGUUUGUAAGCUGGGAGUUUCAAAUGGAUAAGAAGAAGAAACGAAGGGAACGUAUGGAAAAAGCUCUCCAGACGUCAUUUAUCGACAAGAUACAAAACUUGCCCUCGUGGGUCUAUUUCCCCGAGAAAGAGCGCGCGGAAUGGAUCAACGGAAUCAUUGAUCAAAUGUGGCCAUACGUGGGCGAAAUGGUUUACAAAAUCCUCAAGGAAAGCGUCGAACCCGAAAUGCAGAAAAACAUGCCUAAGGCAUUGAAUACGCUGUACUUCGAGACCAUCGACCUCGGGAACAAGCCGCCAUAUGUCGCUAACGUGACAUCUUAUGACAGCAAAGACGAAAACAAGAAGUCUGAAUUUAUAUUCGACAUGGAUUUGUGCUACAAUGGCGACGCCACCAUCAAGCUAGCGGUCAAGAAAGUCAAAUUGGGCCUGUCGAACAUUGAACUGCGAGGAAUGCUGAGAGUUAUUUUCAAACCCCUGGUUGCCGAAUACAAUCCUAUCGGCGGGGUGACCGUGUUCUUCCUGAACAGGCCCAAGCUGAAAUUCGACUUGACCAAUUUAUUGAAUGUUCUGGAUCUUCCCGGCCUCAAGAGCACUCUGCGCCGAAUCACGGACGAUGUGAUUGCCUCGUUUGUGGUGCUUCCAAACCGCAUUGCCAUUCCGCUCGCCGCUGGAGUCGAGGCCAGCGAUCUUCAAUAUCCAAUCCCAGAAGGAGUUCUUCGCGUGAAAGUCGUGGAAGCGAGGAACCUGACCGCGAAGGACUUCGGCCUUGUGAAGAAAGGAAAAUCAGAUCCCUAUGCCAUUAUUCGCAUCGGUGCUCAAAGCUUCCGCACCAAAGUCAUCAAUAACAAUCUAAACCCCGAGUGGGAUGAGACCUUUGAGGCAUUUGUUGACAACCAGGAGGGGCAAGAAGUGGAGGCAGUCAUCUACGAUGAGGACACCUCUUCAAAAGACAGCAAGAUCGGUUCCCUGGACACUGACAUUGCCUCCACAGUCGAGACAGGCUACAGAGAUCUCUGGCUGCCACUUGAGGGUGUCAAACAAGGAAGGGUUCACUUCAAUCUGAGUUGGUUCCCAUUGAGUUCCUCUGCCUCUGACCUCAGGCCACCCCAAGAGAAGGGUCUUUCAGUGGCAGCGCUGUUUGUGAAGCCCAUCUCAGCCCAAGCCUUGCCACUCACUUGUGGGCAGAAGGAAGCCCUGAGAAGCGUAUAUUGCGAGAUCACUGUAGGCAAGACCACCCUUCAGACCUUCCAGUGCUAUGGCGAGAAGACGGAGUGGAAACACGCUUUACGCUUCCUUGUGAAUGACCCAGAGGGACAGGAGGCAGAAAUCAAAGUAAUUGAAGCCAAGGGCACCACCACCCUUGGUCAGAUGUCGUUCAAUAUCCGCAGCCUGCUAAACAAGCAGGGUCUGGUCGCAGAGGAGGUGUUCCCCCUUGAGAAGUCUGGUGAAAAGAGUACCUUGACCUGCCGCUUCACUCUGAGGAUGCUCAAAACACUGGAUACUAAACUGAGUGAAACUGGAAUGAGGUUUGCACAAGAACUUUCGAUCACGCCUUGUCCACAAACGCAGAAUUUGAUUUGGAAGAUGGCGGACACCGCUUCACCAACAGCCCCAGCGGCACGGAAGCCAGCCUACAAGCGAAUUUUGCACAAUUUGAGGCAUAUUUCGGGCGACGAGAGCAAAGAAUUGCUGCUUUAUUUGGUCCUGACGAUGUCGCUGUGGCUGGUCGGCCAUUUUCACUUUAGUUUCGCUUGGAUAAUCAUGAUCCUGAUGGUGUUUGUAAGCUGGGAGUUUCAAAUGGAUAAGAAGAAGAAACGAAGGGAACGUAUGGAAAAAGCUCUCCAGACGUCAUUUAUCGACAAGAUACAAAACUUGCCCUCGUGGGUCUAUUUCCCCGAGAAAGAGCGCGCGGAAUGGAUCAACGGAAUCAUUGAUCAAAUGUGGCCAUACGUGGGCGAAAUGGUUUACAAAAUCCUCAAGGAAAGCGUCGAACCCGAAAUGCAGAAAAACAUGCCUAAGGCAUUGAAUACGCUGUACUUCGAGACCAUCGACCUCGGGAACAAGCCGCCAUAUGUCGCUAACGUGACAUCUUAUGACAGCAAAGACGAAAACAAGAAGUCUGAAUUUAUAUUCGACAUGGAUUUGUGCUACAAUGGCGACGCCACCAUCAAGCUAGCGGUCAAGAAAGUCAAAUUGGGCCUGUCGAACAUUGAACUGCGAGGAAUGCUGAGAGUUAUUUUCAAACCCCUGGUUGCCGAAUACAAUCCUAUCGGCGGGGUGACCGUGUUCUUCCUGAACAGGCCCAAGCUGAAAUUCGACUUGACCAAUUUAUUGAAUGUUCUGGAUCUUCCCGGCCUCAAGAGCACUCUGCGCCGAAUCACGGACGAUGUGAUUGCCUCGUUUGUGGUGCUUCCAAACCGCAUUGCCAUUCCGCUCGCCGCUGGAGUCGAGGCCAGCGAUCUUCAAUAUCCAAUCCCAGAAGGAGUUCUUCGCGUGAAAGUCGUGGAAGCGAGGAACCUGACCGCGAAGGACUUCGGCCUUGUGAAGAAAGGAAAAUCAGAUCCCUAUGCCAUUAUUCGCAUCGGUGCUCAAAGCUUCCGCACCAAAGUCAUCAAUAACAAUCUAAACCCCGAGUGGGAUGAGACCUUUGAGGCAUUUGUUGACAACCAGGAGGGGCAAGAAGUGGAGGCAGUCAUCUACGAUGAGGACACCUCUUCAAAAGACAGCAAGAUCGGUUCCCUGGACACUGACAUUGCCUCCACAGUCGAGACAGGCUACAGAGAUCUCUGGCUGCCACUUGAGGGUGUCAAACAAGGAAGGGUUCACUUCAAUCUGAGUUGGUUCCCAUUGAGUUCCUCUGCCUCUGACCUCAGGCCACCCCAAGAGAAGGGUCUUUCAGUGGCAGCGCUGUUUGUGAAGCCCAUCUCAGCCCAAGCCUUGCCACUCACUUGUGGGCAGAAGGAAGCCCUGAGAAGCGUAUAUUGCGAGAUCACUGUAGGCAAGACCACCCUUCAGACCUUCCAGUGCUAUGGCGAGAAGACGGAGUGGAAACACGCUUUACGCUUCCUUGUGAAUGACCCAGAGGGACAGGAGGCAGAAAUCAAAGUAAUUGAAGCCAAGGGCACCACCACCCUUGGUCAGAUGUCGUUCAAUAUCCGCAGCCUGCUAAACAAGCAGGGUCUGGUCGCAGAGGAGGUGUUCCCCCUUGAGAAGUCUGGUGAAAAGAGUACCUUGACCUGCCGCUUCACUCUGAGGAUGCUCAAAACACUGGAUACUAAACUGAGUGAAACUGGAAUGAGGGACAGCGUCGCCGAAGUUGAUUCGGGAGUCAAGAAGUGCGACAUGCAGCCAAUACCAAAGCUUGUUAUCAAUGGAGUCAGUCCGGAUGAACAGCCUGAGGGCACUGGGCACGGGGAACACGACAAAGAUUCCGACGCCGGAAGUGUGUAUGACGGAAGUGUUUAUGGUCCUGAUAGCCAUCAUGGCGGCUCCAGGGAGGACCUGUCUACCAAGGGACACCUCGAUCUACAGUUAAAGUACAGCCUUCUGAAGAACCGUCUUUACGUCACCGUGAAGAGCGUGCAGUCGCUGGUAUCACAUGACACCCCCAGUAAUACCAAUCCUCUGGUCCGCCUGUACUUGUUACCAGACCGCACCAAACGCACCCGGCGCGUCACCAGCGUACUCAAGGGAACCUUGGACGGAGUGUUCAACGAGACCUUCGAAUACAUUGUCGGUCUCGAUCAGCUGCGAAACAUGAAGAUAGAGGCCACUGUGAAGAGCGACCGCGGUUUCACGAUUGGGCGGGCGCGGAAUCGCCUGAUCGGAACCGCUGUUGUGGAUUUGUAUGAAAAGGCUCUCACUCAAGGAUGCGACAUCAGCUGCGAGCUGAGGAAGUUUAGCCCUACGUCUUGAAUAGUCAGUGAGUAUGGAACGCCUAAGCUAAACGAAAGUGUAUCAGGAGCCCAUCACUAGGAGCGUGCAAUUCCCAUACUAAUCCUAUGUGACGGCAUUUUCACAGACCAGUCUAUUUUUAGGCUUCUUUUCCCGCGAAAUAGGUCAGUUCCGGUCUACAUGAGCGCUCAUCGGUAAGAAAAAAAACGCGGUUUUUCUUUUUAAUCUACCGGUGAAGUGAUGACAUCAGUUAAAAAAUAGGUCCGUGUUUGUGAUUGGUCACUGAGGUUCCUGGGGGGGUCUGAAUUCGCAGUAAAUUCAAAAUAAAAAUACAUCGGUCUGUGAAAACGCCGUGACAGGAACAUGGUGUAGUUGCACUCUCCUAGUGAUGGGCACCUCAGGGUCUAGAAUGGUUCUUAGUAAGCAAAGAGAAAACUGGCUCUAUAUUUUUCAUUCAAAAAGGGUAAACUAGUGAACCUUAGUAUUUCCGCAUGUAAUACUGACUUAAGGAGCUACGUCACAGUUGGCGCAUCUUGAAAAAUUUAGCCAAUAUUUUUCAAGUUCGUCGUUUAUAAUCCAUGC